AGAGACUCGGUUUAUCAAGGUUAUGGAGUUGGAGUAGAUCAUGUUGCUGGUGAAGUAGAGAGAUGCCACCUGUGGUGAUAGAAGAUGAUGGGAGAUGAGAUUAACAUAAAGAUGAAGAAGUUCUUCAAUUUUCUUCCAUUAAGUACAUUUAUUCUAACGAAAGAAGCUUCCAAAAAACGAGAACAUCUGGAGUUCCGAUGCUCCCAGCAACAUGGGCACAGGCGGUCGCCAGACUACGCCACUACUAGUCAAAAUCGUGCGAGACAGGAUCUCCGAAGGCGUUUACGUGUCAAGGAACGCCUGCAUUUACC